CUGGCAAGAUGGCGGCGCGUGUGGUGGGCGGGCGAGAGAAUGGGCAGCCGCCUCUCCCUCCACCGGGGAAUGGACGUGGGCCGGGGAAACCAACACCACCACCACCACCACCUCCUCAAGUGGUUAUUGCCGCCGUUGGUGGCCAGGCCUCGAGUUGCCAGAUGAUUAGGCCGUCAGUCAGUGAGCUGUGCCGGGAGGUGCGGACCAAUAUCCUGUGCACGGUGAAGGGCUGCGGCAAAAUCCUGCCGAACCCGCCGGCCCUCAGCAUGCACCUGGUCAAAUCACACAGGGUGCAGGACUGCAGCAUUAAUCCAACAAUUAAGAAGGAUUUGAAGUCAUCUGUUCAGAAACUGUAUUGCUGCCCUAUUGAAGGUUGUCCAAGAGGACCGAACAGACCGUUUACCCAGUUUGCCCUUGUUAAGCAGCACUUUAUGAAAAUUCAUGCUGAAAAGAAACAUAAGUGUGACAAAUGUAGUAACUCAUAUGGCACAGAAUGGGACUUGAAACGACAUGCUGAGGAUUGUGGGAGGAUCUUUCAGUGCACGUGUGGGUGUCCUUACGCCAGCAGACCAGCACUGCUGUCUCACAUUUACAGAACUGGACAUGAAAUCCCUGCUGAGCACCGGGAUCCACCACGGAAGAAGAGAAAAAAUGAGUGGCCAAAUCAGAAUUGCUUGAACCAGGUAGCAAAAGUAAAGCAGGAAAUCCAUGUGGUUCAAGAUCCAACAGAGAUGAACAAAAGAACCUGCAUCAAAAACUCCUGCAGCGAUGAUUGCAUUAAGCAGCCUCCUGCCAAACAAAUUCAGAAGUUGUUGUUACCAAAGCCCAGGGUUGCACUUGUUAAACUUCCUGUAAUGCACUUAACACAUUUACCAGUUAUUUUAUCUUCGGGCACAUCCAUGGAUAAUUCCGUCAAGUCCAUUGUUGUUGCUGUUGACGAUCAAGGAUCUAUUCUAGGCACAAUGCAUAUUUUGCCUCCUUCAGUGGAAACUGUGACACCGUCUAUGGAAGUGAAAGGGUUAAGUUUUAAAGGUGGUCUCCCCACCUCCAAGGUGACUAGCGUCAUGAUGGUUGAACCAGUCAGUACUGCAGUGCAAAUCAACAUGGAUUCAGGUUUUGUCAAUAACCAAGCUUUUCCUUCACUUGGAGACCUAAACACUAAAAACAAAUUUAACUCCACAAAUGUUCAGACAGAGGUUUCAUACCUUGCACAGAACACAGCACCAGAAUCUCUAGCUACAUGCUACUCGACAGAGAACACUGUGUCGGCUUGUGCACAGACUGACCUGAGUAUCAGCGCUCAAGUUUUGCUACCCGUAAGUGUCCAAACGCAAACUUUUGAACCAGACAUGAAAAUCACUACGUCAAUAAGUGCUCAGACAGAUUCGUUUGGUCAGACUUGUUUUCCGUUGUUUGGUGUUUCAAGGAAAACACAAACUAGUUUGGUGAAUUCUGCUCAUGAUGAAAGCUCUGCAGUUCAAGCACUUAUUAACACAAGUAAUCAUGAAGACAUUUUUGACCAUUCUUUAGUUUCCUCAUACAGUGUUUGUACACAGACUCAAACUAAUUUCCCUCUGGAUGCAGUAGGCAUGAACCAAAAGUUAUCUCAUGAUGAUCUCUUACAGAGCUCUAAAUCAGCUGUUGAUUUUCACAUUAACUCCACUUUACUUCAACAGAAUCCUAUGACUGACAAUCAAACUCAGACAAUUAACCUGUUUAAUGACCUGGAAAAUAUCCUGUCAGAAAGCAUAGCCAAUCAUUCAUUAGAAAAUCGUGGUCUUUUAUCCGAUGCCUCUGAGAGUAUGACAAGCAGCCAGGCACACAGCGCGGGUAUUGACUUUGAUAUUGAAUUUUUAUCUGCAAGCAACAUACAAACACAGACAGAAGAGAAUGAACUUGGUACUUUGCAAACAGAGUCUGCUUUGGAAUCUCUGGAUAUCGAGACUCAGACCGAUUUCUUGUUCUCAGACCAUCCUGCUCAAGCAUACAAUGGCAGGGGACAGUCCACUUAUUUAGGGCUAGAAAUGUUUGAUACGCAGACUCAGACAGACUUCAAUUUCUUGAUAGAUAGCAGUACGCAUCUGCCUCUGGACAGUAUUUUGAAACAGUCCAGUUUGUCUUUAAGUGCAGAGUCCUCUGGUACCAAAACUCAGACUGAUGAUGUAUGUUAUAGAAAUAAUUUGAAUUGUGCCUCUGAAAGCCAAGUCCAGUUAAACUGCACUGAAACACAGACUACCUUUGAAAACUUCAGCAGUCUAUUCUUCACUAGCAAUGAAACACAGACCGUAAUGGAUGACUUUCUGUUGGCAGAUAUGGCAUGGAACACAAUGGAAUCACAUUUCAGCUCAGUGGAAACACAAACAUGCGAUGAAAUAUUUUCCUUGUUUCGAAAUACUGAUAAAAACAGUGACUGAAUUGUACAGCUAUAAAGCAGCAUUGAUCUCUAGAUUGGUGCCCUAGAAAGUGGCAACAUCUCAUGUUGAAGUGUGGUGUUACGUUACUGUGCACCUCUUUGGGCAGCUGUGUAUGGGGCUGAGAGGAAAAUGGCAGAGAAGUUUUAAACUGAUCUGAAGUCUUUCUCUUUGGGUGUCUGGAUACCCUUUUCUUGGGUUGAAAAGCACUAAUAAGUUUAGGCUUUACAAAUGCUGUUCAGUGAUUCAGCAUUCUUUAGUUUUUCUAAUCCAUGACCCCCAUCCAGUUUGACUUUUGCUUUCCCCCGAGACUUUCCUUCAAUGCACUGCUAGUGUGUAUACUCUGGAAUGUUUACAAAGCCAUGUCUUUCCAUGUUUACAAGUGAGGAAUUAGAUAUACCUUGCCAUUUCUGAUUUUCUUUUGUUAGUUUUCGGUCUCCUUUGUACCUUCCACCAUGAUAGUUGGCUUAUUUAUGGUUAGACAUAGACAAAAGAGAUCCCCUCGUGCUUUGUUCAAGAUGCAGUUAUUCACACAUGGCCCUCACUAGCUUAUCUAGAAAGUUCUUCAGCUAAAACCAAUAACUCUGGAUACAUUCUUAAAGGUUUCAACACCGCCUCCUGUUUCUGUAUCUCCUGUCCAUUCUAAAAGUAGGUUUUCACCAAUGUGAUAAAUGAAAAUAUUCAGUGAUCUUUAUUUUAAAUAUUUGUUUUUCAUGUCCCUGUGAGUUAAAUGAACUCCAGCUUAAA